UUAUUAUUUAAUAGCACACAAAGCCAUUCAAUAUGGAAGAGGAAUUAAGAUUUAUCAAUAGCCAUAAAGGUGUUAUCGUUAAGGAUGUAGCUGCCGAUGAAUUCAUCAAGACUUUCGCUGCUUUCUUGAAGAAAUCUGGAAAAUUUAAGAUCCCAGAAUGGGCUUCCUAUGUCAAGACUGGUUGCCAUAAGGUUCUUGCUCCAUUCGACCCAGACUGGCUAUAUACCAGAGCUGCCGCUAUCGCAAGAUAUCUCUACAUUAGAAGAAGAGCAGGUAUGAAACUUUUGAGAAACCACUUCGGAGGAAGAAAGAGAGGAGACCUCCACAGAGAGCACCACGUCCUUACUGGAGGAAAGUGCAUUAGAUAUUGCUUACAACAACUCGCAAAGAUGGAAUUAAUCGGUAUCGUCCAAGUAAGAGGAGAUGAUGAUAAGGUAAUCUCUACUCAAGGAAGACAGAUCACCAAUAAGGGUAUCAGAGAUAUGGACAGAAUUGCUAGACAAAUUAAGAGAGGUUAGAUAAGUUGCUUAUAAUAAUUACCAAAUCCUGAAUGCCAAA